AUGAACUACUCAUGUAUUGCAAAAGCCAAUUAUUUCGAUAAUCCAGAAUUUUUCCUUCUUUGCAUGCACAUUGUUACUGUAAUAUCAAUACCAAUUCACUUUUUUGGAAUGUAUUGUAUAAUUUAUAAAACUCCGGUGGUGAUGAAAACAGUGAAAUGGUACCUAUUUGCGUUGCAUGUUUGGAUUAUCGCAUUUGACUAUUCGUUUAGUUUUCUAACGGCUCCAUUUUUAUUGAUUCCAAAACUUGGAGGUUAUAUUCUUGGUAUUUUAAAAUACACCAGUAUGCCUCUGGACUAUCUAACAAGUAUAGUUAUGGGUAUUGGUGCCUAUAUGGGAAUUUCAAUAGUGUCAAUUUUUGAGAAUCGAUUUUAUAUUGUGUGCGAUUUUGCGUUCAAAAAUCAUUGGGUCGUUUUGAGGCGUAUCUGGUUAGCCACUCAUUACGUCAUUGUUCCAACUUUCCUGACUCCAAUUGUUUUUCUAACUCCCGAUCAGAAAAUUGCAGUACCCCUCAUGUUCCAGAAACUUCCAUGUCUUCCCAGUUAUAUUUAUGAAGCUCCAAUUUUGGUGUUGAGUGAAAGUCUUACUUAUCAUGCUACUAUCUCAGUUGUUUAUAUAUUUCUAGUUUUGAUUGAAUCUUUUAUAUUUGUGGGAUACCUUAUUUUCAACAUCGUCAAGCAAAUGAAAGAGCAUAAAAUGUCUCCAAAAACGUUUGAACUUCAGAAAAAGUUUAUUAUUACUCUACUCAUUCAAGUGUCAAUUCCAAUGAUUUGUUUCAUUUUUACAUUGAUUUAUAUUGGUUUCGCAUAUUUGAUUAACUAUUACAAUCAAGGAUUGAAUAAUGCAACUCUGGCAAUAUUUUCCUGUCAUGGUAGUGUAUCGACAAUAGCACUUAUUGCACUUCAUGCACCAUACCGGGAAUACGCACAAGAUCUGCUGAGAAAACUUUCAAGAAUGAGCCCGGUGGAAGUAUCUCAAAACCAAAUUGCCAAUUUGUCUUCCUCCAACCAUUCUAAUGUCGUUGUAACCGUAUAA